AACUAAUUGGUGGCAGCGAGCGCGUUAUUAAGCAAUCGGGAAUCUCCUUGCCAUUCGCGCGCGCGCGCCUCGCUCGCCGGCAGUUUGUACUUUCUGCGGUACAAGCUCGCCGUCCGGCGAUCAUUUUAUGUAUCAUCCAUCACCAUCACCUCACCUGGUUAGCUAGGCCUCCAUUAUCUGAUUGGAUCGAUUGAACGUACUGCAAUUCGAUCCCCUCCCCUCCCCUCCCAUCGAUUCUUCCUUCCUUGCUGUGCGCGGAGGGAGGCCGGCCAGGAACAGGCCGGAAGAUAUAUAGCAUAGCAAUCACCCCCCCCCCCCCCCCCCCACCCCCAAAAAAAAAAACACAAAAAAAAUGGGCAUCUUCUGCUGCUUCCAGUCGGACGACAGAGGCGGGGACGUCGGCCCAGCACCGGCCGUAGCGCCUUCCUCCAGCAGCAGCAACAAGGAGAAGAGUAGUAAUGCUAAUGCAGCAGGAGCAGGUGCGUCGACGUCGGAGCGGAGCCACGGCGGCGGGAGCAGCAGGUCCAACAACAACAACCUCGUGGACCUCGUCAACGAGAUCGUGGCAGAGUCAGUCACUUACCGGCACAAGCGCGUGGCCGACGAGAUCCUCAAGAUCGGCAAGGGCAAGGUGACGGCUCGGGCCUUCAGCUACGCCGAGUUGUCGGAGGCCACCGGCGGAUUCCGGCCGGAGUCGCUGCUGGGCGAGGGCGGCUUCGGGCCGGUGUACAGGGGGCGUCUCAAGGGGAAGGGAGGCAGCGUGACGGAGGCGGCGGUGAAGCAGCUGGACCGGAACGGCAUGCAGGGCACCCGCGAGUUCCUGGUGGAGGUGCUUAUGCUCAGCCUUCUGGAGCACCCCAACCUGGUGACGCUGCUCGGCUACUGCACCGACGCCGACCACCGCAUCCUCGUCUACGAGUACAUGCCGCGCGGCUCCCUCGAGGACCACCUGCUGGACCUCCCGCCGGGCUCCGCCUCCCUGGACUGGACCACGCGGAUGCGCGUCGCCCAGGGCGCCGCCCGUGGCCUCGAGCACCUGCACGACGCGGCGCGUCCCCCGGUGAUCUACCGCGACUUCAAGGCCUCCAACAUCCUGCUGGACCGCUCCUUCCAGGCUCGCCUCUCUGACUUCGGCCUCGCCAAGGUCGGCCCCGUCGGCGACAAGACCCACGUGUCCACCCGCGUCAUGGGCACCUACGGCUACUGCGCCCCGGAGUACGCGCUCACCGGCAAGCUCACCACCUGCUCCGAUGUCUACAGCUUCGGCGUGGUGUUCUUGGAGAUCAUCACCGGCCGCCGUGCCAUCGACAUGGGGCGGCCGGCGGACGAGCAGAACCUGGUCCAGUGGGCCGCCCCGCGGUUCAAGGACAAGAAGCGGUUCGCUGAGAUGGCCGACCCGCUGCUCCGCGGCGCCUACCCAACCAAGGGCCUCUACCAGGCGUUGGCCAUCGCGGCCAUGUGCCUCCAGGAGGACGCCACCAUGCGUCCCGCCAUCAGCGACGUGGUCACGGCGCUCGAGUACCUCACCGUGGCCGGUGCCUCCUCCGAGGGGGCCCCUCGUCCCCAGAAGCUGCUGCAGCAGCCACAGGAGGAUGACGACGACGACGACGACGACCGUCCUUAAUACUCCUAUACUCCUAUAUCAUGUAUUGAUUGAUCCCAUGCUUGUAUUAAUUAAUUGUUGUAUAUAUACUACUAGUUACUCGAUCCUACUAGUUAAUUAAUACGCACCAACCUACGUACUAUCGGUUAAUUGUCCUUGCUGCAUGCUAUCAUCCUUCCUUCCUUAGCUAAUACUCGAUCUCUCUCUCGGUUUUCAUAGUACGUACGUGAUGGAUGUUUCUUAAUUAUCCUAUUUAGAUUUCAGUAGAUACGACCAUCUUCUUGUAACGUGAAACAGAUGUAAUACUCCCUCCAUAAUUUUAUAUAUA